GUAUUCCAGCAGCAUAUUUAAAUAUAUAUGCAUAUAUACAUAUAUAUGUGACUAUAAGUGUUGUGCGUGUUCAGGCGCAUGCUAUUUAUAAAGCCGCCUUAAUCUUAAUGGAUUUUUAUACCAGCCUAUUUCACCUCGCCAUCUAUAUUUUCAGCCUUCUCUCGCUCGUCUCUUCGUCUCUCUGCUGAAAAGUAAAAUUAAUUAAUGUCUUGUUAUUUAUAAAAACAAAAAAAAAAACUAAACCCAAAUCCAACGACGUGCAAAGGUGUGAAGAGAAAUAUUCUCGAUUGGAAUAAACAAUAUUUUUAGGCAACCGAAAAAAAUGUCGCCAGCACAUUUGAUUUUAUGUGUGCUGAGCAGCAUUGCAUUUUCCGGAGUUGCAAAUGCCGUCUAUGAGGAUUGCCAGACACCGCCGCCUGUGGAUCAUGCCCAAGCAGAGUUGUUUGUUAGCGAAUCGAAUCAUGUGAACACUGCCAUCUACAGCUGUGCUUCGGGGUAUGUUCUCAAAGGUCCCAAGGAGCUGCUGUGCAACGUGGACACCGAAGAAUGGCAGGGCGAACCUCCCAUCUGCCUCAAAGCUAAGGGUACGCAUUCAGAACGCAAACAGAAAUUGCUGGCCAUUGUCGAGGAUUUUAAUGUGCCCGCGAAGUUGGUGCCGCAGCUCGACUUGAGCUGCAUUCAAGCAAAAGUGGAGGCGCCACAAAUUAGUCACGGCAUUGUGGCAAGAUACGAAAGGAAAAGACGCGGAGAGAAGGUUUUUCUUGUGGCGUAUUAUGCGUGUAACGAGAACUACGAGUUUGAGAACACACAGAAUUAUGCUUUGUACUGUGGAGCCAAGCAAUGGGUGGGAGAUUUGCCCGCUUGUUAUCCACGUGUGGAAUACACCGACGAUAAUGAAGAAAAUGACGAUGACGGGGAUAAUGCCAACGACGAUGACUAUAAUUAUAAUGAUUAUGAAGCGGUAGAGGAAGAAACCGAGACGCCAAAGCCAGUGUACGAUACAUUAGAGGGCGUGAAGCCACCGCCGCCUCCACCGCCAGUUGAGGCAGAAGCAGUUGAGGUAGAGGACGAGGAGGAGCAGCCACAAGGGCAACCUGAAGCUGUGCCUGCUGUGCCAACUACUGUUGAGCCGAAGAUCGAUACAGUUGCUGAACCUAAGACUGAAGUACAAACUGCAGUUGAGACUGAAGCACAAACUGCAAUUGAGAAUGAAGUGCACACUGCAGUUGAACCGCAGGUGAAACAAGAUGAAGGGACCGCAGCUCAUCCCGAAGUGGAAUUGAAACCAGAAAACGAAUCCGACUUUGUGGUGCCCGUUGACGAACCAAAGGCAGAGCCAGAAUUAGUGCCCAGUGCUGAUGCAACGAAUCAAACGGAGACACAGAUUGUGACUGAGAGUGUCACCGACAUCAACAUUGUUGUCCCACCCACAAGUGAUCCCUAUUCACCUCGACUGCUGGACGAGAAUUGCGGUGAAGAUCGCGGUGGUUGUGCGCAAAAAUGCGAGCGUGUGUUGUUCCCCGGAGAGAAUGAACCGCGUCUCAAGUGUAGCUGCUAUAAGGGUUUCACUCUGGAUCCUCAGGAUUAUUCCAGUUGUCAUGAUAUUGACGAGUGCCAGGAGUCGAAUGGCGGUUGUUCGCAGAUCUGCAACAACUUGCCCGGUGGCUACGAAUGCGGCUGCGAGAAGGGCUACGAGAUUGACGCAGCUACUCGAAACACCUGUGUGGAUAUUGACGAGUGUGCGCAGCCCGAAGUGAUUGCCGAGUGCGCCAAUGGCUGUGAGAAUACGCCUGGUUCCUAUCGCUGUGUGAUUGCUUUGAACGCCAAGGAGGAAGCUGAAGAGGAGGAAAAGGAAGAGGACGAAGAAGCUGUCAAACAAACAAAUGAGGAGGAGCACGACAACGAAAUUGAAGUCGGGCCUGAGGAACCUGUUAAGGGUGUUGAGACGGAGCCUCAACCUGAACUCAAAGUUGAACCCGAAGAUGAACCCGAAGCCGUGCCUGUAACUCCCAAACCAACUUGCAAUCCAGGCUUUGGGCUCUCGCCUGACGGCAGCAUCUGUGUGGACAUCAACGAGUGCGACAUUGUAGUGGAGGACGACAGCAACAUAGAGCAUGUUCCCCAUCGUGUUUGCCAGCAGCUUUGCGAGAACACGCUCGGUUCCUUCCGUUGCAGCUGUCGCGAUGGCUUCCACUUGCUGGAGGAUCAAGUCAACUGCGCUCCGGACAACUGCGAGGCUCUCGACAAUCCCCAACUGAAUCGCACACGUUGUGCGCACGAAUGUGAGAACCUGGAGAGCGGCGGUUACGUUUGCGUCUGUCCCGAGGGCUACAGACUAGGUGAAGACGCACACAGUUGCGAGGUGCUGGAGAGCGUUUGCAGUCGUGAGCAGGGACAUGAGAGAUGUCGACCAGGAAGUUGUCUGGUCAGCGAGGACAAUAGCACUUUCAGUUGCCUGUGUCCUCCUGGCUAUGCCAGCGAAGUGUUUAGCUGCCAGGAUAUCGACGAGUGCGCUCAGGGCACACACAAGUGCAGUCACGACUGCUUCAACACAGCGGGUGGCUAUCAAUGCUUGUGUCCGCGUGGCAUGUCGUUGCAGGAACCUGAAGGACACGCUUGCGUGGCUCCCGAUCCUUGUGCUGUGAACAACAAUGGUUGCGAGCAGCUUUGCCGCAGUGCCGAAAAUGGCAUCUGCGCUUGCAGCAAGGGUUAUGUACUUAGUGAGGAUGGCAAGAGUUGCAACGAUGUGGAUGAAUGUAAGGUGAACAACGGCGGCUGUCAGCAGCUGUGUCACAAUGUACCAGGUGCGUAUGAAUGCCACUGCUCGACGGGCUACGAGAUGCUUCAGCUGCCAGGACUCUCCUCCGAUUAUUGCUUCGACAUCGACGAAUGCGCCCAGAAUACCCACAGCUGUGAGCCGCCGCUGCAAUGCGAGAACUUAAACGGUUCCUAUACUUGCUUAUGUGAACCGGGCUACGCUUGGGGCUACGACAAUCGCAUUCAUGAAUCAUUUGUCACAUCAACAUCAUCUGCAGCUUCAUCACCAUCCGCUUGCUUGGACAUUGACGAGUGCUCGCUUGCAAAUGCCAACUGCUCGCAUUUCUGCAUCAAUUUGCCGGGCAGUUUUCAAUGCGCUUGUCCCUUGGGUUUCACUUUAAACCCAGACGAUCGCAGUUGUAGCGAUCAUGAUGAGUGUCUGCAGCAGAAUGGGAAUUGUGCGCAGCUCUGCUUGAAUCAACCGGGUGGCUUUGCCUGUGCUUGCAACUCAGGUUUUGAGCUGGCUCCCGAUGGCUUCGGUUGCUUGGACAUUGAUGAAUGUUCGCUCGAUUUUGGUAAUUGCAGCGGCAUUUGCAUUAAUCUUAUAGGUUCGCAUGAGUGUGCCUGUGAUCGAGGAUAUGAACUUGCGGCUGAUGGCACUUGCCAGGAUGUGGAUGAGUGUGCUGGCUUACUCUCAGGUGGUUGCACACACGAGUGCAUCAACAAACCGGGCAGCUUUGAGUGUGGCUGCCCCUUGGGAUAUCUGCUGCAGGAGGAUGAACGCAGUUGUCGGCCUGCUCUCGUCGGUUGUCCCCCAGGCACGGAGAAGUCGGAGCAAGGCUGUUCGCCCAUCGAGUGUGGCGAGGGAAUGUUGAUCGGGGUCGAUGGCAGCUGCGUGGACAUCGAUGAGUGUCAUGUGAACAACGGCGGCUGCUCGCAUCUCUGCGAGAAUGCUCAAGGCUCUUUCAAGUGCGCCUGUCCCGCGGGUUACAAGCUAGCGGAGAAUGCGCAGGAUUGUGUGGACAUUGAUGAAUGUGCGGUAAACAAUGGCGGCUGCGAGGAGACGUGUUUGAAUGAAGCUGGCAGCUUCAAGUGCUCGUGUGGCGCUGGCAAAAAGUUGUCCUUUGAUGAGCGCAGCUGCUACAAGACAUUCGAGGUGCUCAAGCCAAGCUUGCCACCUGCUCAGAUACCGCUCUCGGAGCCUCGACCAAUGCCUUUAACCCCGCUGGGCGAGGAUCUGUUGCCACAACCAGCGCCUUCGCCAGUACCGUUGCCUGCCCCGAGACCAAUUCCAACUUUCCCACCAUUCACAUCAAAUCAGUUGCCGAAACAAAGACCAAUUCCACUGCCAGCUCCGAGACCAAUUUCCAAUUCCGAUUUACCUACUCCUAUCGCCCCACAGCUGCCCAGCGAUCGAUGUGUGCGCUUCGAGGCACCAGCCAAUGGCAGGGCGCAUUGCAAUCGGUAUCGCCACAAGCGCAAGUUGCACUACAACACGCGUUGCAAGGUGCGUUGCAAUGCUGGCUAUGUGCUCUUAGGUUCGGAGAUUCGUAACUGCGGCAUCACGGGCAACUGGGAGGGAGAGGAGAACAAGUGUGUGCCCGCACAUCACUCUCGUGGCGUGUGGCUAACAGACACAACUCCACAGCUGACAGCACCAGCUGGUGUUUGUCCUCCACUGCCUGCUCCCAGCAAUGGCGUCAUCGUCCCAGCCAACUGCACGCGAGUCGCCUCCACUUUCGGCACCAUCUGCAACCUGCAGUGCAACAUGGGCUUUGUGCCAGUUGCCGGAAUGUUAACCACCUGCUUCAAUGGCUGGAGCUUGGGCAGCGUCUUGGAGUGCAAACCUUUUGGCUCGAAUCUCUUUGACAGUCGCAUGUCCACAAGGAUUGUUGCUCCUUGGCAAGCGCAGCAAACGUUUAGACAGCAUUCGAGACCACAGCAAUCUGUUCGUCUACCGCAACCUCGUGUCAAGCUCUUCAUUACUUGCCCGGAGAAUGUUGUCAUCAUGCUGGGACCACAGCAGACAAAGGCUCAUGUUAUUCUCCAACGUCCGGCGACAAAUGCGGAUUAUCGCUACGUGGCUGCAUCUCCGACUUGGGCUAGGCAACUGCAAGGACAUUUACCUGAAGGAGUCCACAAAGUCAUUUUCCGUGCAACCGAUCCGACGACUCAACAAUCAGUUGGCUGUCAAACGCUCAUCACGAUUAGAAGAUCGCCAGCAACAUUGAAUUCGAAUCCUUUUGCUUCCUUGCAAACUUUUAGAUCCUUCUCAUUGCCACCCCGUCAACCCGCCAGAUUGCCCGACUUUAACUUCAACCAGAAAUUCGCCAAGCUAACGGAUGCAACGUUGCCAAGACCAGCUGAGAGCCUGGUUAAAGAGACGCCUUCUACGCAUCACGCCGAGAGCAAUCGCAUUGAUCUGGGUUCAUCCACAUCCAGCUACUGUCCGCCUUCGUUUGAGGUGCAUCUGAAGGAGCAUCAAAAUCUGCGUUCUGUGCUUUGGGAAGAGCCGCGCUUCGAGGGCAAACUCCUGAAGAUCUUCAAGUCAUCGUUCCCUGGUGCGUUGUUUGGUGCUGGUGAUCACACUGUGAAAUACGAGGCAACCACAACAGAUGGACGAACUCUUCAGUGUACUUUCAUAAUCCAUGUCAAACCUGCCUCAGCUUCUUCAACAACGUCGCAUGCAAGGCUCAGUUAUCCUGGGGAGCAGGAAACACACAGCAGUCUCUUCGCUGGCCAUGAGUCCUACGUUAUUUGUCCCGAUAAGGAGCCAGUCAGAGUCACAUCGCAACAAUCUGUCAACCUGCCCGUGGGCUGCAGUCUGAAGAACGUUCGUCCGAAGUCAAGUGCAUUAACAAAGCCUAAACGCGGUCUGCUCACCUCGCUCUGGCGUCAAUAUGGUAGUUACUAAUUAAUCGUUAGUCAAUUAUCAUUAACUCAAUUUACUUAUAUCGAACUUUUUUAUAAACUCACGAACUCUCUAUUUUAUUUGUAUCGAUAAUUGUUAAAUAA